GUUCAAGGGUCAAGCAUCUAUCAAAAAAGGGUUGAGAAUGACUUAUCCAGUUUGCGCAGUCUUCCUGAGUAGCUUUUUUGGCUGCUUCAGUAAUUCUAAGGCUGAGACUGUUAUCAACACUAAGGCAAUUUUUUCUGAUAUUUCCUUUGAUCUUUGACCAAAAUAACUCAACUGGGUUCAAAAAAGGCGAGUAAGGAGGAAGCUGCGUUAUCCAUAGCAAUAAACGUUCCUGCAUGUCAAAUUGAUUCCAAGAUGCCCAUAAGACUACUCAAGAAAUCUAAGAAAUUCUCGCUUCGCGUGCCCACUCAAGUGUUCACCUCAACUUUGUCAGUUUUGUCAUUGCCCCUUUUGCGCUUUUUUGUUCCACUAGCUUUCUUUUGCACAGCCUUUAGCUUACAAAGCAUGAGCUCAGUAACAUUUUUUUAACAAAUCGCCCCAACAAUGGUCACCGUGACUCUUCUGUUUGAAGGAACAACAGAUUUGACAGGCAUAUCCU